UUGUAUAUCGUUGGUGGAAUAGAUUCAACGCUAGGUUUGCUGCCUUUUCCCUCCACCGUGCACACACCGACGACGUGGAGCAACGGCCAGCACAUCCGCGCACGCCCUUCCAGUCCAGCCCUUACGACCCGCAUCGCAUCCAUUCUGAUUUGCUUCUCCCCCUUGCCGGCCACCACGCCUCUCCCUGCCUCCUCUCCCCUCUGUCCUUCUCCAGUGACCAGUCUCCGCACCUGGCCGGCAGGGCACCGCCACUGACCCAGCAACGGCCGGCCAUGCCUGCCCUCACGAGCCUCCCGUGCUCCACAUGGUCCAGAACGGCCGCCGACGCGGUCUCCUCGGCGCUCGCCGCCGCCGUGUUCGCGUUCCUGGACGUCGCCGACGUGCUCCUCUGCCUCGUGUACGGCGUCCUCGACGGCAUCCUCGAGGACAGCCCCGUGGGCUGCUACUGCCACAGGAGCUACGACAGCGCGGCGGUGGCGAUGGAGGACGAGGAGGUGUCGGACACAUUGUACGUGCGGCGGAGCGCCUUCAGAGACGCGCUGACGGGGCUCUUACGACGACUGGUCGUGAGGAGGCGCGGGGCGCCAGAGAAGUCGGAGCCGUGCAAGGGGCGGAGCCCGAGGUGGUCGGACUGCGGGUGCGCGUCGUGCGGCGCCUGGCGGGGCAACGACGGCGGCCGGCUGCACUUCGUCGUCAAAGAGCCGGCGCCGAAAGAUGCAGCAGGAACACAAAGUGGGAGUGACCAUGAGCACAGUACUGACGAUGCCGCCAUCUUCAUACACGGCUUCACGUCCUCGUCGUCCUUCUGGGCUGAGACGGUGUUCUCCAUGCUCAGCUGUAGGUUGUUCGCCGUGGACCUCCUCGGCUUCGGCAAGAGCCCCAAGCCGGCAAACUGCAUGUACAGACUGAAAGACCACGUCGAGGCGAUCGAGAGAAGCCUCGUCGAGCUGCUGGACUUGAGUUCCUUUCACCUGGUCAGCCACUCCAUGGGCUGCAUCAUCGCCCUCGCACUGGCCGCGCGGUACCCGACCCGAGUGAAAUCGAUCACACUGGUUGCACCGUCAGUCGACCGCGUUCGUUGCUUGCAGCCGUACUUCCUGCCGUGCGAGCAGAAGGCCAGCCAGGUCGCGCUGAGCAGACUGGCGGAGAAGAAGCUGUGGCCGCCGUUGCUAUUUGGCUCGGCAGUGAUGUCGUGGUACGAGCACAUUGGGAGGACGGUCUGCUUCUUCGUCUGCAAGAAUCACCUGGUGUGGGAGUGGCUCUUCAAGCUCCUGACAAGAAAGAGGGAUGUGGAUUUCCGGGUCAGGGACCUGACGAAGCACACCCACCACUCCGCGUGGCACACGAUGCACAACGUGAUCUGUGGAGGGGCGGGGCUGCAGGACCGGAACCUGGAGGCCGUCGAGGCGGCCGGCAUCCCGGUGCAGGUGAUCCACGGCGUCAAGGACCAGGUGGUUUCGGUCGAGUGCAGCCACCACUUGAAGGCGAAGCUCCCGCGCGCGGAGGUUCGUCUCAUGGGCGGCUGUGACCACACGACAGUGGUUUUAGGCAGGGAGAAGGGCUUCGUUGAGGAGCUCAGGGCGUUCUGGUCACGUUCAGCUUCUCGGUAUGAUCACGGUGCGCAGGCUAAUGGAUGUUGAUGGGUAACCACAACGAGAUUCGUGAUGUCCGUCUCCGUUUCCACCAUAUACAGAUAGAUACAGCAAAAAAAAUUAUCACUAAUGAUACAUUGAUUGUGUACAUUUAGAUUUAAAUUUGUAAAACAAAAUGAUAGUGACUGAAUAUCACGUUGUCUCGACAGCUAUGAGAACUUGAGAAGUAUGGUUGCAGCAA